AUGAAGCGCAGUAGAUUGGAGUACCGUACAGUAUUAAGGAAGCUAUCGGUAGCCUUGGGGAACCUGUCAGGAGCCGUUAAGAGCCUGGCAGGAGCCUGUGGGGAGCCGUGGUCAGCUGUAGUAAGUUUAUUAGGCGUUGGUGUUGCAGAAGGAGAGCACGCCAAGGUGGCAAAUGUGAGAAAGGAAGAGAAAAAGAAAGAGAGAGAGAGAGAGAGAGAGAGAGAGAGAGAGAGAGAGAGAGAGAGAGAGAGAGAGAGAGAGAGAGAGAGAGGAAGUGCUCACAACACGGAUAGGGAAUCUGCUUACACAUACACAUACAUCUGUACUUGUACCCAUGUCUGCACCUCCAAGCGACUUAAUCGACGACACUAG